AGCUCGUCAGCGACCAUCUUCUUCGUCUCGCAUCCUCACCAUGUCCUGGUUUAACAAACGCAAGGAACAAAAUCUUAUUCCUCCCAUCGAGUCUGCCGCCCCAGGAGGCGCCUCAAGGGGAAACACUACCUCUCCCCGUCCUCCUGUUCGCUCAGCUGCUGCGACCUACGUCCCCAGCCGCGAUGGCGAUAUGUACAACUCCAGGUCCAACAGCUACAACAGUGGCAAGUCUGAGCCUCCUGGUGAUGGUUACAGCGCUCCUCGCGACAGAUAUGGGCGUAAUGCCCCCGUCGGUGACGUCUACUCUCGCGGCGAAGGCGACCUCGACAGAGACCGUAACGAACUCUUUGCGGGCUAUAAUCCUCAGAAGGCAGGUGGCUCUGACAGAUUCGUUGAUGGGCCUGGCUUGGGUAGGGAGCCUCCUCCUGGAGAGGAGAAUGAGGAGGACAUAGAGGGGAUCAAGACGCAGACGAGGUUCUUGAAGCAGGAGAGCGUGAACUCUACGCGCAACGCUCUCAGAAUGGCUCGCGAGGCCGAGGAGACUGCGAGGGGCACUGUCACGAAGCUGGGCGACCAGUCAGAGAAACUUGCGAACACUGAGCGCCAUCUCGAUGUCGCGAAGGGCCACUCCUUGAAGGCCGAAGAUAGGACCGACGAGCUCAAACAGCUUAACCGUUCUAUCUUCCGUCCGGUUAUCACCUUUAAUAAGGACGCAAAGCGCGCCGCCCAAGAACGCAAAAUUCAGGAGCGUUACGACGACGAGCGUAGUGAGCGGGAGAAGGCGAUGAUGGAUAUCAGGGAGACGCAGAACAGGUUGGGAAGAGCCGCUACGUAUGGUCGUGGAGGAGACGACGAUGAAGAGGGCAUUGGCGGUGGAUCCGGAAGGCUGACUGCUGUCCAGCAGGCGGCUAGGAAGGAGCAGAGGAAGCGAUACCAGUUUGAGGCCACUGCGUCGGACGAUGAGAUGGAGGACGAGCUUGACAACAAUCUUGACGAGAUUUCGGAGAUGACGAAGAGGCUGAGGACGCUUGGAUCCGCCAUGGGCGAGGAACUCGACAAACAGAACAAUCGCAUCGAGGUUAUCGAAGGGAAGACCGUUAACUUGGACAACCGUGUGUUCAGGAACACCGAGAGGCUCAAGCGCAUCAAGUAGUCCGCCUUCACCACCUACUGUGGCGGACUAGGAAGCUGGACGGACAUAGAAGCUGGACAAACUUUUCUGGAAUUUUAAGCACACAUAUUCGUGCCUUCAUCGCUCUAGAUAACCUGUAGGCCUACAUCGUCCCGUGCAAUACGUAAAAAUAUUUUGUGUGAUCCCUGUGAGUAUUUUGUAGAAGAUGGUGAAAUGUUGUCGGAGA